AGCAGCUUAGCUCAAGCUCCUGUGCCUGCGAAGAUGGGAGGGGCGAAUAGCGGCGGCUGCACCUUCUGCACCGGUGCAGAAGGCAAUGCCAUUGAGGGCAACUUCCUGGAUGGCAAGCUAGAGAAGCGGGGGGCGCACCAGUUUGAGAACGGCGCCACCUAUACUGGAGAGUGGGCAGGCAAUUCUCGACACGGUCAAGGUGAGCAAGUAUGGCCUGAUGGCGCCCGGUACACUGGCACUUGGGAAAACGACAAGGCCCACGGCAAGGGCCGCUUCGAGCAUGUGGACGGCGACGUCUAUGAAGGCCAGUGGAAAUCUGACAAGGCCCACGGUUACGGAGUGUACCACCAUGCCGAUGGCUCGAGAUACGAGGGCCAGUGGGCGGACGACAAGCAGCAUGGGCAAGGGAUGGAGAUCUGGCCGGAUGGUGCCAAGUACGAGGGCGAAUACGAAGCGGGCCGCAAGAGCGGCAAGGGCCACUUCUCCUGGUCAGAUGGGUCCAUGUACGAGGGCGAGUUCGUGGACAACGACAUCAACGGCGUGGGCGUCUAUCAAUGGGGCGAUGGCCGAAAGUUCAAGGGCCAAUGGGUGAAGAACCGCAUGCACGGCGAAGGGCACUUCACUUGGGUGGACGGCCGCUCCUACGAGGGUGAGUACAAGAAUGACCAGAAGGACGGCUUCGGCACGUUCAAUUGGCCGGAUGGACGCAAGUACGUGGGCCAGUGGAAGGAAGGAAAGCAGCACGGUGUCGGGACCUACGUCACUGCAGGUGGUGACGAGCGCAAAGGCGAGUGGGCAGACGGCCGGCGCAUCCGCUGGAUCGAUGCAGAUCCGUGAGAGAGAUGCGGGCGAUGUUUCUGCUCUGAGCUUCUGGGAUCUCUGUUAGCA